AUGAACAAUAUAUGCCUAGUUGGGAGUGGAGGCGUAGGGACCAUCGCUUCCCUUGUUCUUGAGAAGUCCGGGAGGGCCAAAGUCACGGCCGUUUUGCGAUCGAGGUAUGCCAUUGUUAAAGAGAAAGGGUGGAAUAUCGACUCGAUUGAUCAUGGGAAGUUGGAUGGAUGGAGACCGUUUAGAGUCGUUCCCAGCGUCAAGGAUGCCGUCUUCCCGGACGACCCUCCAUACGAUUUCGUCGUCGUCACCACCAAACAGCUACCAGAUCACUACUGCGUCGCUGAAUUGAUCAGACCCGUCAUCACGCCAGGCCAUACUGUCGUCGUGCUAAUACAGAAUGGACUGGACAUCGAAGUUCCCAUCAUACAGAACUAUCCUGGCAGCAGCGUCAUGUCCGCAAUCAGCAUGAUCGGGUCGCAGACCAGUGGGGAAAACACCAUUCUGCAACCAGGAACGGAUGUUUUGACUAUCUGUCCGCACUUCCACGACGGUCUCCCGCAUGAGCGUCAGUUGCAAGACGCGAGAAUUCGUUGA